UAAUGAAAAAAUAAAAGACACAGCAAAUUAUCGACUUGCGUGAAAGGGGUAGAACUAGACGAGGCCAACGAGCUACAGAGGCGCUAUUCAAACACAUCAAUCAAUGGCGUCUCUAGCAUCCAUUCGACACCCGGGAAACUCCAUUGUUAUCUUUUUAGAUUACAAAUCUCGAUCAACCAACUUCAAAAACACACCGUCCUCAUCUCUUAACCCCAAUGUAUUCAAGUGUUCCUCCAACUACACAACCCCUCCCCGCAACCUAAACCUAAAGAAGGUUUAUCGUCGUGCAGGCACGCCAACCCAAGCCGAUAACACUAAGAAUCCGUCUAGCCCCCAUUACAAGACCCAACCAACUCUUCGCAAGCAAAGAAGAAACUCCUUAAAUGAAGAGAAGGUUGAGAACAUCGGUGGAAGAAACUCUUUAAAUGAAGAGAAGGUUGAGAACAUCAGUGGAAAUGGAAAUAACAGAGGUUUAUCACCAAAUUUUGAUUUUGAUUUGGUUAGCUUAUGCAAGGAGGGUAAGGUUGCGGACGCAAUAGAUUAUAUGGGUCAAGGAGUAAGUGUUGAUUAUAAUUCUUUUGUUGCGUUAUUAGAAUCAUGUGCGGAUUUGAAGUCUUUUGAGUUGGGUAAAAGGGUUCAUGAAUUAUUGAGGCGGUCAGUUUUCGCUGGUGAUACAGAAUUGAACAAUAAAUUGAUUGAGAUGUACGGGAAAUGUGGGAGUGCAAGAGAUGCACGCCGUGUGUUCGACAAAAUGCAUGAGCCAAAUAAGGGGUCGUGGCAUUUGAUGAUGAAAGGGUAUGCUGAGAAUGGUCAGCCUAAUAAUGGAUUGUUGUUGUUUGAGCAGAUGAGAGAGACUGGGCUGCAGCCAGAUGGGGAGACUUUCUUAGUGGUCUUGGCAGUUUGUGCUAGUGCACAAGCUGCAGAAGAAGGGUUGAUACAGUUUGAAUUGAUGAAGUCCAAGUAUGGGAUUGCUCCAGGGAUGGUACAUUAUUUAGGGGUGAUUGACGUUCUUGGACAAUCUGGUCACUUAAAUGAAGCAGAGGAGUUUGUUGAGAGAAUGCCAUUUGAGCCCACAUCUGAAGUUUGGGAAUCUCUUAGAGAUUAUGCAAGAAUUCAUGGGGAUAUUGAACGUGAGGAUCAUUUUGAGGAGUUGUUAGUUUGUCUUGAUCCCUCUAAAGCCGAAACUAGUAAAAUUCCAUUGCCUCCAAGGAAGAAGCAUUCUGAUACAAACAUGCUUGAAGAGAAGAAUAGGGUGAGCGAGUAUCGGUGUACUGACCCUUACAAGGAAGAGGCUAAUGGAAAGUUGAGAGGUUUGAAUGGACAGCUGAAAGAAGCAGGUUAUGUGCCAGAUACACGAUAUGUGCUUCACGACAUUGAUGAGGAGGCUAAAGAAAGGGCACUAUUAUAUCACAGUGAGCGUUUGGCAAUUGCUUAUGGUUUGAUUAGUACUCCAGCAAGGACUACUCUUAGGAUCAUCAAGAAUCUACGGAUUUGCGGAGACUGUCACAACGCGAUAAAGAUCAUGUCAAAGAUUGUUGGGAGGGAGCUUAUUGUUAGGGAUAACAAGCGGUUUCAUCAUUUCAAGGAUGGGAAAUGCUCUUGUGGGGAUUACUGGUGAAAAUUUAACAGUUGAGGUUUUCAUACUUCCAAAUUGUUCCAUAAUUGUUCUACUAGAUUUUAUUCUUAAUCUCUAUCUGAAAGUACACCAAACUGUUUUUCUUAACUGAAUCGUGGACAGACGAGAGAUUUUCCUUUUGUACAUUAUUAUGCAUGUGUAUUGAUUUCCAAUAUUGAAAUCUAAAUUCAAUAAUAGAUGGUUUGAUCACU